AUGUUGCUUAAAGAUAAAGUAUAUUUUAUUGAAUAAACAAAGUGCAGUAUCUUUUAAAACCAAAGGAAUUGUUCAGAAAUAAGUAUGAAGUAACAUACUGUAUUUUUACAGCUGGUCCAAGAUGUCAAAUCCUGUUGAGCGUUUGAACUAUGUUCAAGAUAGUAGCAGUGAUACUGAAACAGACAAAGAGACAGGUGGCAGGGGUCGGCAUCGUAUUUACAAGAAUAGAAUGAGGUAUUAUGUGAAAGAUAUAAGUAUAAUGUUAUAAGCAUAAUAAAUACAAUAUUUAUUACAAAAUAGAAUAAAAAUCAUAGAUAUAUUAGAUAUUUUAGAUAUUUUCUAUUAUUAGCUUAAUUUAUUAGUUUUGUUAAAACAGAUUUUAGACGACGAAUAUUACAACAAUUUUACCUAUAA